UAAGCUCUGUUAGGGUUUCUCUUCACCGCGCCGCGCCCUCUUCAUUCCUUAUUUACCACCUGCCGAGCGGAGUCUCUUCACCUUUCUUCUUCUUGUUUCCUGUUUCUCUAGAUUUUGGCUUCGGGCUAGCUGUCUAUGUGGUUAUUUUUCCGAUCGCUCGUGUUUUUCUUUGGGUUUUGAUGAGCCCUCGAACCCAUCAUCAUCUAGAAUGGUUUCUAUUCCUCUCAAGAGGAUGGAUCCUGGUUCUUUAGCAUCUAAGGAACUGUCCAAGUACUUUAAGUAGGCCUUGGCCGGUUCCCAAAAUUCUACAGAUUUUAUAGAUCUCAAGCAUACUACUUACUGUCGUUUGCCUGCUCUUGGAAUUUCUGAAGAAGAAAUCCAAGCGCUGGGAGAACCUUUUAAAUUUGCUCUUGUAGAAAAGUUUUCUCUUUGACGUCCUGUUUUGGACUCCAUUCGCAAAAAUUUCUUCAUUGUUAAGCAUUUAGGUGACUUUUCUGUUAUUCUUUUUGGUCCCAAACACGUUCUAAUCAAACUUUCCAACGAACUUGACUAUAGUAGAAAUUUGCCCUUCGAGCCUAUUAUGUGAACAAUUGAUACAUGAAGUUGAUUAAUGGUUCCCGACGUUUGAUAUCUCUACUAAAUCUCCUAUCGUUCCUUUUUGGAUUUCAUUCCCUGACUUUCGUUUGAAUUUAUUUCCUCACCAGAUUUUGUAUGGGCUAGGGUCUUUAUUUGGUAGAACUAUCCAAACCGAUAGUGCUACCACCUCUGGAACUCGACCCUCUGUUGCCCAUAUCCUCGUUAAAUUAGAUAUCACAAAAACCUAUCUGACUCUGUAUGGGUCGGUCCGGAGAAAUUCAGGUAUAUCCAGAAAGUUAUUUUAAAUGAGUUCCUUGAUUUGUGACCACUGUAUAUAUUUGGGACAUAUGAAAAGCUCAUGUUAUCACUUGCAUCUUCAUUUGUGGAAUCAGAACUUGGCCAAAAAGAAACAGAUGAAUUAUGAUAUUGUGAAUUCCAAUAAUUAUGUUCCUAAUGCUGAAUGUCCCAAUUCAGAAAAUACUAUUCCCACUAUUUCUGCAAAAGUUAAUGUUUCUAUAGUUGCUCAUACUAGUAAUGGAAAUUCUGCGGGAUUAGAUCUUAUUGUUGCUAUUCCUCCUAUCUCUAAAAGUUAUUCUGGUUAUGGUAUCAUAGAAAAGGAGAAUCCAAAUGUGGCUUUAAAUGAGAUUCCUGCUACUUCUCCUAGUUUCCCUUCAUCUUUCCCUUCUACUAGUUUGGGUGCAGAGGAAGACCAGAUUGCUUCUAAGGCCAAUCCAUCUUCCAUGGUAUCUAUGAAUGCUGAUCCGUUGUCUUUUGAGGAGGAAUGCCAUUCUAAUGGGUCUCAUUCAAAUUGGGAAGAAGGUCUCUCUAAAUACUAUCCACAGGAACUCUUUGUUGUUGUUGUUGUACUCAUUACGAUCUGUUUGCCUGCUAUCCUGAAGCUCAUAUUGGAUUUCGCUCCUUGCCAACCUUCUCUAGGUUCUUUUUACUUCGCUUCAUUUUUUAAAUUCAGUAGGGAUCUUUGACUCUUAGUUUUUUUUUUCUUUUUUAUUGUAGCCCUUUGCGCAUUAGUUAGUUAUCGAUCUCUUUAAGGACUUGUAAUCAUUUUUUUUAUUAACGUGUAGGCCCUUAUAUACACUUUUCCUUAGAAAAAUAAAUGCUUAAAUGUGCAUUUGGGAUGGCUGCAACUGUCGGUAAAACAGGUUGCGAAGUUGUUCUACAAAAUGUUGAGUUUUAAAGUUGUUGCAUAGAAAGUAAUAUAUUUUGUUUGAGAAGUAUAAUUUUCAAGUUGUUGUGUUGCAGUUGUUUGGGCAUAAAUUAUGUUUAUAUUCUUAUGUAUAUUGAGAUAAAAAGGAAAUUGAUUA